AUGGAUAAAAAAUCUGUUAGGAAUAAAGGAAAUUUAAUAUCGCAAUUUGUAACAAGUGUAAAAUCUGAUAUAGAUAGUCCAAUUACAUCAAAUUUCGGUAAUCGAAUUGCCGAUUAUAAAUCACAAAUACAACGAAUUGCCGAAGAAAUAGAAAUUGAAACGAGUGAAUUCGAAAGAAUAUAUCGCGCAUCAAGAGAUGUCGAGGAGGCAAUGCAUACACUCACGAAACAGUUCGCAGCAUUUGAGCAGAUUAUUAAAGAAAGUGAAACAGAAUUGUCGAAUUUGUUGGGAUGGAAUUGGCAUAAUAAUAUUGUUCAUCCACUGGGACUUAUAGUUUCAGCUGGAGGAGAAGUGCGAUUAAGAACCAUUGAAAAGGCAUGUCGUGACUAUGAAAAUAAGUUUAUAAAGGCUGAGACAGAUGCAAAAAAACAUGCCAAGCAGUCCGGUUUUUCUCGUGGUCAAAUAAGUCAUGGUGAACUUGCAGAUCAACUUUUUCGCGAAAGACUCGUUGUUCAGGCUGAACUUUGCAAGUUUUUCCUGAGCAUGAAUGAUUUUGAAGAUAAACACAAUUUUCAAUUACUUCGUCAUUUCCUCGAGUUUUUCAAAAGUCGGGAUAUUUAUUAUUCGGAAUGGUUGAAGAUGAAUGUUCAUUUUCAACGAGAUCUGGAGAAAUUAGAAGAACGCAUUUCUAUAAAAAACACAAGACAUCAUCAGUUAAGAAAUGAACUUUUUGAUCUUAAAGAUCAGCUUGAAGCAAAUGGCGAAUUUUUACGAAGUCAUUCCGGUAAAAUCUUCUUCAUAUCCUUCAUUUUAUAA